ACCACACCAGAAUCACCCCCGUCAGCUUCCGUGCCAACCGCUAAGCAGGAUUAUCCCAUAAAUUCACGAGAAAAAAUAGUCGAAAAGUCUUCUGGUCGUCCUAAGCUUGGGAUCGCAUUUGGCGGUGGGGCGGCGAAAGGAUUUGCUCAUGUCGGUGCGAUCGCCGUACUUGAAAAAGCGGGAAUACAUCCUGAUUUGGUGGUGGGCACCAGCGCAGGUAGCAUCAUUGCAGCGAUUUAUGCAUCAGGCAUGGGGGUGCCGAAAAUGCUAAAGGUGGUUGAAAAUUUUAAAGAAAGCGAUGUACGUGAUCUCACCCUUUCUGGCAAAGGGUUUGUAGAGGGCAAAAAACUCGAGGAGUAUGUCAAUACGCUGGUCAAUAAUCGCACAAUAGAACAACUGCCCAUCCCUUAUGGUGCAGUAGCAACCAAUUCUGCUACUGGAGAAGGAAUAUUGUUUCGUCGCGGCAACGUCGGGCAGGCGGCACGUGCUUCAUCAAGUGUUCCUGGAGUAUUUAUCCCCGUUAAAAUUGGGAAAAACGAAUAUGUUGAUGGGGGUUUAACCAGUCCGGUCCCCGUAUCGUAUGCUAAACAGAUGGGCGCAGAUAUCGUUGUCGCGAUCGAUAUUUCGGAUCGGGCAAAAUUUAACUCCCCAAGCGGAAUAUUUUCUUUAAUUAAUCAAACGUUUACUAUUGUACAGGAAAAAAUUCUUAAUCAAGAGCUCAAAGCGGCGGAUAUUGUUGUACAACCCAAUAUCAGCGAAAUCGGCUCAACUGAGCUGGACAAAAAAAUGGAGGCUGUAAAACAGGCGUGCCCUAUUAAUCAUGAUGGGCGACCAAGGUUAGCUUUGGCUCUCGGGGGAGGAGCGACCAAAGGAUAUGCUCAUAUUGGUGUUUUGCGGAUGCUCGAUCAUAUGGGGGUGAUUCCUGACAUGAUCAUUGGUACCAGUGCGGGUAGCUUGGUGGGGGCCUUGUAUGCUGCGGGGAUGAGUUCAGCGCAACUGAGUCGAUUGGCUUUGCAGCUGGAGGAGUCGGACAUUCGGGAUUUAACUUUAUCUCGCCAAGGAUUAGUCAAAGGCGAAAAAUUACAAAACCUCGUCAACAAUUUUGUCCAAAAUCAACCUAUUGAGGCUUUUUUAAUUCCUUUUGCCGCAGUAGCCACAGAACCCAACAGUGGUCAUACCGUCAUUUUAGAUCAUGGUAACGCAGGACUCGCCGUUAGAGCUUCUUGUAGCAUCCCUGGGGUGUUUAUUCCUGUAGAGGUAGGCGGUCGAUUGCUCGUUGAUGGGGGCGUUUCUUGCCCAGUCCCAGUAUCUGUCGCGCGCGAAUUGGGGGCGGAUAUCGUUAUUGCGGUCGACAUUUCAGGCAAGCCUGAGCAAGAUCGUGCA